AUGUCAUCUGAUGAUUUGAGUGGUCAAGGUGAAAAUUAUGAAUCAAUACAAAGAGAUUCUUUAUGGAGAGAUGAACAUCAGAUGGAAGAAUCUGCUCAACUUAUACAUUUUUUAGUUUUAGGACUAAUAUGUGGACUUAUUCUGAGAGAAUUAAAUAAAAAGACCAAGUAUACAAUUUAAUCAUAAUAUAAGUAUCCCAUACUCUCCUAUGAUACUGGCUCUUGGUUUGGCCAUUGGUCUUUCAUAAGAAUAUUUAGGAAAAAUAGGAAAUAGUGCAUAUAUAUUAUCAAAAAUGCAUCCUCAUCUCAUUGUCUUCAUUUUUAUUCCAGUUCUACUUUUUGAAUCAGCAUUUAAUUGUGAUUGGUAUACUUUUAAGUACUAAAUUAUAAAUAUUUUGCUUUUGGCAGGUCCAGGAUGUGGAUGGGUAUGAUUAUAUAGAAUAUAUUAAGGGAGCUAUUUUAUUGGGAGCUUGCUUUAAACUAAUACUACAAUAUGAUGAUAAUGAUAUGAAUUGGUAUGAGGCAUUCACUUUGGGAUCAGUUUUAUCAGCUACAGAUCCUGUGGCUGUAGUUGCACUCUUGAAAGAAUUAGGAGCAAAUCCAGCUUUUAACCAUUUGAUUGAAGGGUAUGAAUUAGAUGUUAUAGGUUAGAGAAGCAUUGCUUAAUGAUGGAGUUGCAAUGGUGUUAUUUAAUGUUUUUAACAAUAUAUCAAAAGCUUCGAGUGGAAAGGGUGAAGCCGUUAAUGGAGGUGAUAUCGUCUUAACUUUCCUUAGAACAUCAUUCUUAGGACCAAUAAUGGGUUUAGUUUUAGGGUUGCUGGUUGCUUUAUGGACAAAAAGAAUAUUAGGUGAUGAUAUCGAAGUAACUUGGUUGACAUUUGUCUUUACAUAUUUUACAUUUUAUUGGGCAGAAUUUGAAUUUUUUGAAACAAGUGGACUUUUAGCUGUAGUAGGUUUAGGUUUAUUCUGGUGUGCUAAUGCAAAGACAAGAAUAAGGGCAUCAGUUGAACAUUCAGUUCAUGCAGUUUGGGGAUUUGUCUAAUAUAGUUGUGACACACUAGUCUUCUUAUUGGUAGGUAUAAUAGUUGGUAUAGAAAUAAUGGAAGAAAAAUUAAUAGAGAGUUCAGACUAUUAUAAAAUGAUUGGAUUCUAUUUCUUAAUGAUUUUGGCUAGAUUUUUAAUGGUUUUAACAUUCUAUCCAUUUCUUAAAUGUAUUAUUAAUUAUUAUGUUUAGGUUUUGGUUAUCCAAUAUCAAAGUCUGAAUUAAUUGUUUUAGUUUAUGGAGGAUUAAGAGGAGGAUUGGGAUUAACACUUUCAUUAAUGGUUGGGUGUGAUGAAGAUCUACCUGCUCGUUUUAGACAUUUAGCUGUCUUUUAUGCUGCAGCUAUGGCUUUAAUUACCAAUAUGAUUAAUGGAACAACUUGUAAGACUUUAGUAAAAUGUGUUAAAAUGAUUGAUGAACCUAUUGUUAAAAAGAAGGUGUAUAAGAAAUAUUUGGAGGAGUUGAUUGUUAUUUAAUAGGAUUUAGUCAAAGAAUUGGAGACUGAUGAAUUCUAUAACAUGACUGAUUGGGCUACUGUUAGUAAUCUAAUAGGACAGUAGGAUUUUAUAGAAAAAAUUGAUAAAGUUGAACAGGAUAUUAAACAUAUAAUUUAAAAGAAGGGAUUUUAAGAAAUGAUCUAUGAUGGAUUGCCAAAUCAAGAUAUAUUUGGAGAAGUCAGAUAUAGAGUUUAUAGAAUUCUUAAAGGAUUAUAUUAUCAUAAAUAUGAAGAAGGUCUUUGUGAAGAAUAAACUGUUAAAAUGUUGGUAGAGUCUAGUGAUGUUGGAUUAGAUAAAUUAAAUGAUAAUCUUGAAAUUUGGGAUGAAUUAUAUAAGAAUUUUAUGAAUCUAUGCAGUGUAAAUUUCUUUUUCAAGGUGAAACAGAAGUUUUUAAUCGGAUAUUUUGCAAGGGAAUACUUAAUCAGACAUUUAGGACUUGUGUAUGAUGUUACAUCUUCAUUUAUUAUUUGUGCAGAAGAAGCAUUGAAAUUAGCAAACAAUUUUCCUAUGAAUAAAGAAGCUAUUUCUAUUAUCCAAGAAGAAUUAAAAAAAGAUAUUGAAAAGGCACAGGCUUACUUUGGUACUUUAAAUGGAAAUUUCCCUGAAAUUGUGAGAGUACUUUAAACCAAAAAAGCUUCCUUUUCAAUCCUAACUCAUUCCAUAGAGCAUCUAUCAUCCACUUAACGUAGAGGUCUAAUUGAUGAUAAGGAAUAUAAAAUCUUAAUAAAGGAUAUUAACAUGAAACUUGUCAAAUUAGAAAGUCAUUCAUAUGAUAUGAGUUUGCCCUCCUUCCAUGUUAUUGCUAUGCAAUUCCCUAUAUUUUAGGAAAUAUCUUUGACAGAUCUAGAUAUUAUCAAAAAGGUAGCAGUAGAAAGGAAAUAUUCAUUGGGAUAAGUUAUAUAUUCAAAAGGAGAUGAAUGCAAUGAAGUAUAUAUUAUAAUGAGAGGCUAUGUUGUUAAUGAAUAUAAUGGAAUUCUCAUAACUAAAGGAUUAGGAUCUUUGAUAACUCAUUAAAGUCUCAUUGUUGAUGGUAAUCAUAUGAGUACAGCAAAGGCAGCUGUUGAAUCUCUAUUAUAUGCUUUACCAACAAAAGUUAUCAAAGAAAUUAUGAUCAGAAAUAAAGAUUUUGAAUUCAAGGUAUAUCUACACUCAAUAGGUAUUUAUUAUUUUGAUUUUAUUAAUAGAAUAUAUCAGAAAAUGGUAUGAAAAUUAAGUUGGUCCUCUUGCUUAAAUGGAAUUGAAGAGAUUAAAUGAACUUCUUAGAAAUAAAUCAAGAUUAAUCAAACUUACUACAUUAUCUUAAACUGAAUUUAUUAAUGGAGGUUUCUUGUUUUCUGGAGAGUUACGUGAUCCUAAAAAUAACGUAUAUAAUAAAUAUGAGUAAGGCUCUAUAUAUAUAUCCUUUAAGUUAUAUUGCCCCAACAGAAGGAUUAUUUACUGCAGCUAAUAAUUCAACAUGUUUUGUUUUUGAUGAAUAAAUUGAAGUGCUUCAGUCAAAACGAAUGAAGGAAUUGAAAUUAGAUAGUCAAAGGGAUCAAGAAAUUCAUGAAAAAUAUUCAGAAAUUAAGAGAAAUUCAAUGAUGGAGUUGAGCAAAAUAAAUAUUACAUGA